AUGAAGUCCUCCUUCAAGUUCUCGAACCUAUGCGGUACGGUGUACCAGCAAGGAAACGUGCAAUUUGGUGGUGAUGGGGACACAAUGUACUCUCCCGUCGGCAACCGCCUCUCGGUUUUCCACCUCGUUCGCAAUACCUCGUUUACGCUCCCGUUUGAGACACGCAAGCCGAUUGCGCGUGUCGCCGUCUCGCCUGCGAACCCCAGCUUGGUGCUGGUCGCAGACGAAGACGGGCAUGCACUGUUGAUGAAUGUGACGCGUCGUGCGCUGCUGGCGCACAUGAGCUUCAAGCUGCCGGUGCGCGAUGCGCAGUUCUCGCCCGACGGCCGCUACCUUGCCGUGACGCACGGCACGCAGGUCCAGGUGUGGCAGACGCCGAGCGUGCUUGUGCGUGAGUUUGCGCCGUUCGUGCUGCACCGCACGUACGUCGGCCACUUUGACGACGUCCUGAGCAUCACAUGGUCCAAGAGCGGCCGCUUUUUCCUGAGCACCUCGAAGGAUAUGUCGGCGCGCCUCUUUUCGCUGGAUCCGCUGCCCGGCUUCCGCCCCAAGACCUUUACUGGCCACCGCGAUGCGGUGAUUGAGGCGUUCUUCUCGCUGGACGAGCGCACGAUCUACACCGUUUCGCGCGACGGCGCCUGCCUUACCUGGGCGGCGAAAGAGUCGGACGAGGGCGAGAUGAGGCAGGACGAAGCGAGCGACGGCGACGCGGGCGCGGCGGCUGCCAUGACCGCGCCAGAGAACCGUAUCGCCUUUACGCGCUGGGGCGUGAUGCAGCGCAACUAUUUCCACCAGGCGAAUACGCAGGUGGUCUGUGCCGCUUUCCACGCCGGCACCUCGCGCCUGGUCGUUGGCUUCAGCAGCGGCCUCUUUUCGCUGUGGGAUCUGCCGGAUUUCCAGGCGGUGCACACGCUGAGCAUCAGCCAGGAAAAAAUUACCAGUGUCGCCAUCAACCACACAGGCGAGUGGCUCGCGUUUGGCGCGCAAAAGCUCGGCCAGCUGCUGGUGUGGGAGUGGGCGAGCGAGUCGUACAUUCUCAAGCAGCAAGGGCACUUUUACGAUAUGAACACGGUCGCCUUUGCGCAGGACGGCCAGAUGGCCGUGACCGGCGGCGACGACGGCAAAGUGAAGCUGUGGAACACCACCUCGGGCUUUUGCACCGUGACCUUUUCCGACCACACCGCGCCGGUGUCGUGCGUGGAGUUUGCCAAGCAGGGCCAGGUGCUCUUUAGCGCGAGCCUCGACGGAACGGUGCGUGCGUACGAUUUGGUGCGCUACCGCAACUUUCGCACAUUCACCAGCCCGAAUCCCGUGCAGUUUGUGAGUCUUGCGGUGGACCCCUCGGGCGAAGUCGUGUGUGCUGGCAGCUCGGACAUCUUUGAGACGUACAUGUGGAGCGUGCAGACCGGCAAGCUCCUCGAGAUUCUUGCGGGGCACGAAGGGCCAGUGACUGCGCUGGCGUUUGAUCCCGCCGGCAGCGGCCUCCUUGCGAGCACCAGCUGGGACCGCUCGGUGCGUCUCUGGGAAGUGUUUAAGCGCAGCGGCGCGACCGAGGCGAUGCAGCUCAACGCCGAAGGCCUUGCGCUCGCCUUCCGUCCCGACGGCCACGAAGUGUGCGCCGCAACGCUCGACGGGCAGCUCACCUUCUUUGACGCGCAGAGCGGCGCGUCGAAAGGCGUGCUCGACUGCCGCCGCGACAUUUCCGGUGGCCGCAGCAUCAACGACAAGGUCGCGCGGCGCAACAAUGCGGCCGGAGCGGCGUUUACGAGCAUCUGCUACUCUGCCGACGGCUCGUGCGUCCUCGCCGGUGGCAAUGCGAACUAUGUGUGCCUGUACGACGUCAAGGAAAAGGUCCUGCUCAAGCGCUGGACGCUCAGCCUGAAUGUCGCGCUCGACGGGACGCAGGACCGCCUCGACUCGCGCCAGGUCACCGAUGCGGGCCACGUCGAGCUGAUCAAUGACCUGUCCGACGAAGAGGAUCUGACGCUUGCCGAGCGUGCCGACAAGAGUCUGCCGGGCGCGCAGCGCGGCGACCUGAGCAAGCGGUCUACGCGCCCCCUCGCCCGCUCCAAGUGCGUCCGUUUCUCGCCCACCGGGCAGUGCUGGGCGGCGGCGUCGACGAGCGGCCUGCUGCUAUACAGCCUCGACGACCAGGCGACCUUUGACCCCACCGACCUGGACAUGGACCUUACGCCCCAGGCCGUGCGCAGUGCGUCGCUCCAAGGCGAUGCGCUGCUGGCCGUGCUCGGCGCGCUGCGCCUCAACGACCCAACGCUCCUGGCGGAAGUCUACGAGCGCGUGAAGCCGCAAGAGAUUGUGCUUGUGGCGACGCAGCUGCCGCUCGUCUACCUCUCCCAGAUGCUGCAGCUGGUCGCAACGCGCCUCGACCCCACGAGCGCGAGCCCGCACGUGGAGUUCCACUUGCAGUGGCUCACGGCGCUCUUUAAUGCGCACGGCGCCGAGAUCCGCGCGCGGAGCAGCACGCUCUAUGCGCCUGUGCUGCGUGCGGUGCAGAUGGCGCUGAACGAGCUGCGUGCCAACGUCAAGACGACGUGCGACCGCAACACCUCGUCGAUGCUCUAUGUCUUUAACGGCGUCGCGACGCGGCGGGCAGAGGAGCUGUGA